AUGAACAAAAGCAGCUUCAAGCAAGACCAUGAUUUCGAGAAACGAAAUGCUGAGGCUUUAAGGAUCAGAGAGAAGUAUCCUGAUCGAGUUCCGGUGAUUGUAGAGAAGGCAGAGAAAAGUGAUAUCACAAACAUCGACAAGAAGAAAUACCUUGUCCCAGCGGAUUUAACUGUUGGCCAGUUUGUGUAUGUGAUCCGCAAACGAAUCCAACUUAGUGCAGAGAAAGCUAUAUUCAUCUUUGUCGAUAAUGUUCUUCCUCCCACCGGAGCGAUGAUGUCAACCAUCUACGAGGAGAAGAAAGAUGAUGAUGGGUUCUUGUAUGUUUCAUACAGUGGCGAAAACACAUUUGGAUCCAAAAUUGAUCACUGA